UGAACAUCUCUUUUAAGAGGGACAACAUGAUCUAUCACUUCCCCACACACAAUCUUCAUAUUCUAUCCCACACUACAAUGGUUGCAGUUAUCACACAUCACUUAUUCGAUUUUUUGGACUUUAUGGGAAUUCUAUUCUCCAAAUGUCUCUGGCCACACCACCACCAUGGAGUUCUUCUACCUUAAACGCCAUUCUCCGUUAUAAGUAGCAGCCAGGCAAGUGCCUCAACAUAUCAGCUUACACAAAGUUAUAGUGGUGAGCUUAGAGCAAAGCAAAACUCCAAACUUAAGUGUCAAGUGUCCAUACGCAAAUAUCCUUUAGAGAUGUCAUCUGGUGCAGUGAGCUCAUCCUGGACCGAAGAGCAGAACAAGAUGUUUGAGGAUGCCCUUGCGAAGUAUGACAAGGAUACACCGGAUCGCUGGAACAAAGUUGCUCGAGCUGUGAGGGGGAAGACUGUUGAGGAAGUGAAGCGCCACUAUGAGCUGCUUGUCGAGGACAUCGGGCGCAUCGAGAACGGUCACAUGCCCUAUGGGAAGUAUCUCUCGACUAGCCGCAGGGGUACUCUUAUCGCUCUUCCUACCGUACACUGCUCCUCUCCAUAUAUCUUUUCUUCUUCUCUGCUCUGCUUAGAGUUAAAUCUCUGAAUCUUAAAGCAAAGGCAAUAAACCAAAACUGCUCCCUCAUAAGAUAGCUGCUGGAUUCCAAUCUUAUUGUGGGUGAUCUAGGCUUCAGUAUAAGUUCCUUUUAAGGUCACUUUCACUGUUGUCACCUUUGUACCUUCGUGUUGUGUUGCUGCCUGGCUUCCAAGGCUACAGAUACUAUCUUUUUGUUAUGUUUUUCUACUUAUAUGCUUGCAUGAUACUUCUGAAACAAAAGUCUGUUGUUCUGACCUUCUGGCUAUGUUUGCAUGG